AUGGAAAGUCUUUGCAUACACGUAAAAUAUCUUUUGCGAGGUUGGGAGCCCAGUAACCCGAUAAACUUGUUCCUGUUACUUUUGAAUUGUUUAGACUUUCUUCUUCAAUUGUUCUUAAUAAACGGAAAUAUUACUACGCCACUAAAAAUCUCAAAGCAAAGGUAUUUAUUGCAUAACACUUGCCCUUUUGACUCAAUUGCAGUCAUUAUAACUAUGGCUUACAUUGAUAAUAACCAAUAUAAACAAUUUAUUAACACAGAGAAAAAUGAAUUACUCCAGUUUUGUAAAGACUUGGCUAUUCAUGGAAGUUCAAAAAUAAUGUAUUUGAAAAGACUUCAUAUUUUAAAAAAUAUUUUUAACGAAUCUGAUGGAAUAACUAAUGUAAAAUUAAUCGACGCUAGAUGUAACAUUACAUAUAUUAUUUCAAAACUAUUAAAAGAUGUACCAUCAGCUAUUGAAGAAUUAAGGUGCUCAAAUAUAAAUUGUAUUAAUGCUGAAAAAAACUUAUCAAGCCCAACAAUAAUAUUAAAUUUUUGCGGAGGCUUCAAUAAUAUGAAUACAGCUUUAAAUAAGUACAUACAACCAAUCACUUAUCUAUGUACUGAAGAAAAUUGUGAUGGAACAUUAACAUCUACCCGAAUCAUCCAGCAACAUUUAUUUAUUGAAACUGAAAUAUAUGCAAAUUAUGCACGAUAA